UUUUUGUUUAUUUAAACACGCUGAAAUAAACUUAGCCACAUUUUAUUUUUUUAACGUAAACAUUGAUUAGCAUCUUUCGUAAAACAUCCAUCAAAUUUGCGAUGCAUGUUUCGUAAAGUCGUUCCCAAAAUUUUUGUUUUUGCGACUGUAUUUUGGUACUGCAAUGCCUUGAACAUGUUCGGUCAAUUUAGUGGAAAAUGUAAGAAAAAUGGGUGUAAAUAAUGUGAAAUAUACGAUUGAUUAUAAAAUAGUCUAUUAGUGGUAAUUAUGAGUGAAAGGAAAUUUACUCGUGGAUUGACCAAGCCUGGAACAGCGGCUCAACUUAGAGAAACUGUCUCACAAGUAGUUAGGGAAAGCGCAGUGCAAAAUAAACCUCAUAGGAUAGAACCUCUAGAUUUUGAAAAACUUCUAAUUCAAAACAAAACAGUCCUUCAAAAUGAUCCAGAGAGAGAACUGCUGCUGCAUCCUCCAGAUGACAUUUCUCAAGUUAUUUUACCAAGAAGAUUGCGUACCUUAUCCGAGGCGUUUCCUUCAGAAAACGAAACAGAAAAAUGUAAUCUACUUACCAAACAAUGCAUCAACAACUAUUCCUGCAGUUGGAACCUGAUUCAUUAUAAAUACAACGCUUACUCUGGCAGUUACGCUGACCUUCCUUUGAAACCCCAAGAGAACAAGCUGCAAGAACAAACCUACGAGAUCGACAUUGAUACAGACGCGGUAGACGAUUUAAAGCCGAGAUUGGACAAUAUCACCAAGGAGGGGUUUCUGCUGAAAGGCCCGGAAAUAGGAUCGGAGAAGUCUUUUGUUAAUAUUGGUUCCAAAAGUUUCAAACGGAGGUAUUGUUAUUUGCGACAGGAAGUGGAUGGGACGUACAUUUUAGAGAUGUAUAAGGAUGAGAAGAAAGGGGAAGCAAAAUUGACAAUUGUUAUGGAUUUUUGUACGGAUGUUGUUAAGAACUUAAAACGAGGGAGAUUCUGUUUUGAAUUGAGAAUGACUUCUGGACAUAAAUCGUAUGUAUUAGCUUCAGAAAAUGACACAGAUUUUAAAGAUUGGCUCAGUAAAUUAAGCUCAGUAGUCCAGCAAAACAAAGUUCAAGAAGAAAACCGUGCAGCAUCUUUGGAACGAGAACGAAGCACUCCAUCACCAUUACCUCAAAUCCAACCCUGCGGAACAUUAAAAGGGCUCGAACAAAGCAUGAAUCCACAAUUAAUGAAGUACGCGCGAGAGACUGAUCAUAGUAUAGCAAGUUUAAGGAAAGAAAAUCGCCAUAAAAUAUUCGAGCUUCAUCCCAAUUACACUUCGAGUGUCAAACCACAGAAUUCUAGUCAAGAACAAGUAGCGCCCUACAGCGAAGUCUUUGGUUCCAGGGUAUUUGUUAAAUGUGAAAACAUUAGGUUAAAAUUGCAAGUAGUUGAUGAUAAAGAUAACCUUUGCCAAGUUGAACCGUACCAUACAACCUUGUGCCUAUUCGAUGCCAAAAACAAUAGAAAACUGACUGAAAAUUUCCAUUUUGAUGUAAACAGUAGCAACAUUAGAAAUACUUUCAAUAACGGCAUUAACAGCGAGACGAAUAGCGUUAAGCUGGGACUUCCCCCAGAUUUAAACUCCGAAUGGUUGUUCUAUCCCCGACAGGCCCUUCUCAGCAUCACGAAUCCCCACCCGGAUAUCUUUCUAGUCGUUAGAAUAGAGAAAGUUCUACAGGGAGGGAUAGGGCCGACAUCGGAGCCGUACGUGAAAGCCAAUAAGGAUCCGAAAGUUAGUCAGAAGUUUUAUAGAAAUAUAGCGAUGUGCUGUCAGAGACUUGGGAAGUACAGGAUGCCUUUCGCUUGGGCUGCCAGGCCAGUUUUUAGGUUAUAUAGUAACGAAUUGGAUAUCACGUCAGAUUUCCACGCGAUAUACAGACAAGAGCCGAACAAACUUAAUGACGAAGAGUUGUUAAAGCUGUUGUCGGAUUAUAGGAAGCCUGACAAAUUUAACAAAUUCACUGUGAUUCCCGGAUCUUUGGAAAUUAAACUGUCUCCUGUUAGUGAUCUACCACCAAAUACCUUAUCGACCUCUCUAUCACCUCUGAAACCAUUUCCACUACCUCCAACAUCUGAACCAACCAUAGAAUUGGCUGAACUGGAAGGAUUAUCCGACAAGGACAUCAAUCCUUACACCACGUUUCUCAAUCAUCUCUAUGUGUACCCGUUAAAUCUUAAUUUUGACACUCAGAAGACAUUUGCCAGAGCUAGAAACAUUGCUUGCGUCAUAGAGUUACGUGAUUCGGAUAAUGAAGAAGCCAAAGGAUUGCCGUGUAUAUACGGCAGGCCUGGCCAACCUCUGCUCGUGUCGCAGACGUCUUGCGCCGUUCUACAUCACAACACGUUCCCUACUUGGUACGAAGAGGUCAAGAUAAGGCUUCCGACGAAUAUUCUCUUUUCUCAUCAUUUAUUGUUUACCUUUUACCACAUUUCCUGUGAUAUUACCAAAAAGCGAGAGAACGGCAUAGAGAAUUGCGUGGGCUAUGCCUGGUUACCAUUGCUGCAAAAAGGACGGUUGAAUGUCGAGACGCAGGUGAUUCCUGUGGCUUCGCAUCUGCUGCCGGGAUAUUUGUCGAUACAUCCCUUCGGACUAGGGAAAGGGAAUGCUGGCCCUGAAAUCAAUUGGAUAGACAGCCAGAAGCCCAUAUUUUCGAUUGGAUUUAACUUAGUAUCAACGAUCAACACCAAAGAUCAACAUUUAUACAACCUAUUCAACCACGCCGAACGACUAUUAGAUCCCAAACCGACAUCAGUACCCUCAGAAGUCGAAACUUGCAAGAUUCUGAAGGCCCUCCACGCCAUUCACCUAACAACAUUAAUAACUUUCUUGCCGACUCUUUUCAACCAACUGUUUACGUUACUGGUAAUGACCAACAGCGAAGAAAUAGGAAUCAACAUUAUACGAGUCUUGAUCAAUCUAGUAACGAUGAUAUACGACGUGAGACGAAAGGAAAUACUGCAGGCUUACGUGAAGUACGUGUUCGUAUCUCCAGAGAGCACGAAACAAACCACAGUCCACGAGGAGAUGUGCCGACACCUUCCGGUGAUCCUGCAUCCCAAUAAUACAGACUUUUUGGUGGUAAACAGGUUUAUGCAUCAUUCGGACUUCUUUUUCGAAAUCAUCAACAAGAGCAUAGCCCAACAUCUGUUAACUUCUGGAAGGAUAAAGAUGCAUCGAUACGAAAGAUUUUCAACGGAGUUUACAGAAAGAGUGGAACAUUUAAUGCAAGUCUUAAUUCCUUACGUGCUUAAUAAAUACAAAGAAAUGCCACUGGAAACAAAAGAAUUGAACAAAAAUAUGGCGUUUUUCUUAAAGAAAUGUCUUUCGAUGGUGGACCGAGGAUUUAUCUUCAAAAUAAUUAAAUCUUAUAUGGACAGAUUUAAUCCGGGAGAUUCCAGAAUCCUUCAGGAGUAUAAAUUUAAUUUCCUGGAAAUAAUAUGCAACCACGAACACUAUAUAUCGUUGAACUUGCCAAUACAGUACAACAGACUGAGCGUGCGGAAUAGAUCGCCAGAUAACACCCAGGAAUUCAUCUUAUCCGAAGAAUUCUGCAAACACCACUUCAUCGUUGGGUUGUUGUUACAAGAAGUGAAGACGUCAUUGAAUGAGGUGACACACGUUAGAAAGAUUGCUCUCAAUACGCUCAAGAAUCUUAUAGCUAAACAUGAACUUGACGACCGGUAUAAAAACAAACGACAGAUGAGUCGAAUAGCUCUACUUUACCUUCCUUGGUUGACAAUAGUGUUGGAGAACUUGAGCAGACUAGACGUGAAAGACGAAACUAACGACGAAGAAAGCGGUAGUAUCAUCAACAGAAUGUCCUCGAGUAGUUCGUUUCUGUUCGGCAAAAGCUCUGCCAGCGAGUACACUCCGAGGAGCCACAGGUUUACUCUUCAUGUCGACAAAGACAGUCCGAUGCACAUCAGAAAUUCGGCUUUUUUCGAAGCCAUAGCUGGCCAAUCUUUAGUAAACGGCAAUUCAAUGAGCAUAGACUCAGACAUAUCAGCGGCUUCAGAAGACGCCCAGUCGUUCAUUUCCCAAGAUACAACCAUCACCAAAAACGAAAAUCUCAGGAACGGAGACACGAAAAGCAGCCACACCAGAACUACCUCGCACAUUUUAAGAUACGACAAACUACAACCUCAAGAAGUCAAAGACGUACUUCUGAUAUUCGUUUUUGUCGUCAAGUACAUCAACGAAGACCAGCUGCUUUUAUGGUGGGGCAACUAUACCGAUGCGGACGUGGUGAACUUUUUCACCGUUAUGGAGUUGUGUUUGUAUUGUUUCCGGUACCAGGGCAAGAGAAAUAUCAACGUUGUCAAACUUAAUACCUCCGAAGUUGUUAAGCCCAAGACGAAAAAGGCUCAUACGCUACCGGCGAGGAUGAAUCCUUCGGAAAUCAAUCACGAAACUACCGGAACGUUGCUUAUACAUGCCCCUAGAGAAAAUUUGUUGGAAUCUGAAGAUGAAGUACAGCGACAACAACAAGCAAUUUUGGAACAGCACCUGUCUGGAGAAAUUGGUAUGAUUACUUUAGACUGCAUGGGACUGUACUGUAUGCAUUUUCGGAAAAAGUUGUUAGCAGAUUGCGAGAACGAGGUGUUGAAGAAAAUUUUUAAUAUAUAUCUAACCUUUAUUCAAAUCGGACAGAGCGAAAGUUUGUUGAAACAUGUUUUCGCUGCUCUACGGGCGUUUAUCAACAACUUUUCUUUUGUGUUAUUUCAAGGAAAUGCAGUCCUCUGCGGUAGACUCUGUUACGAACUACUUAAAUGUUGCAAUAGUCGAUUGGCUUCCAUACGACAGGAAUCUUGUGCCAUACUAUAUUUACUAAUGAGAAGCAAUUUCGAAUUCACCGGUCGCAAAAGUAUCACCCGAGUACAUCUUCAAGUCAUUAUCUCAGUUUCUCAGAUGUUGGGUAAUAUCGUGGGAUUGAACAAUGCCAGGUUUCAAGAAAGUCUGUCUUUGAUCAAUAGCUACGCCUCGAGUGAUAAAGCCAUGAAAGGAACAGGAUUUCCCGUUGAAGUAAAGGAUUUAACAAAACGCGUAAGGACUGUUUUGAUGGCGACAGUUCAAAUGAGAGAACACCAUCAAGAUCCCGAAAUGCUUGUCGAUUUGCAGUACAGUUUAGCCAGUUCUUACGCCUCAACGCCCGAACUGAGGCACACUUGGUUAGAAACCAUGACCAGACAUCACAUUAGAGAUGGGAAUUACUCAGAGGCCGCCUGUUGUCAAUUACACAUAGCUGCCUUAAUGGCGGAGUACCUAAAGCUGAAGAAGAUACAGAAUUGGGGCGCGGAAAAGUUCGAACUCAUAUCUUCAAAUAUCCCGAAGGAUGAAAAAGGUUUAAAGCUCGAUUCGGGUGUACAGGACGUGCAAUAUACGGAGUUUAUUCUUCAGGAACAGCUCGAACGGUGUGCGGAAUACUUGGACAAAGCUGAGAGAUACGAAGUUUUGGGGGAAUUGUACAGGCUUAUAAUUCCGAUUCACGAGAAAAAACGGGAUUAUGAUAUGCUCAGGAAAUGUUACAGCUCUCUGGCAGAUAACUACGAAAAGGUUAUAGAAACGAAUAAAAGCGGUAGAAGACUUUUGGGCCGGUAUUACCGGGUAGGUUUUUACGGACAAGCAUAUUUCGAAGAUGAAAAUUGCACUGAGUAUAUCUACAAAGAACCGAAAGUUACAGCGCUUAGUGAGAUUUCCGAGAGAUUGUAUAAGAAAUAUUGUGAUAAAUUUGGAUCAGAUGCUGUGAAAAUGAUUCAAGAUUCAACCCCGGUUUGUAAAGCUGAGCUGGAUCCAAAAAUAGCGUAUGUACAGGUAACGCACGUCAUUCCGUACUUCGAAAAACACGAGCUCGAAGAAAGGCAGACGGAAUUCGAGCAUAACCAUGACAUUAACUGUUUUAUGUUCGAAACGCCUUUUACGAAAGAAGGAAAAGCGAGAGGAAAUCCAGAAGAGCAAUGGAAAAGAAGAACUAUAUUAACAACAUCCUACUCAUUUCCUUACGUGAAGAAGAGAAUCGUAGUCAAAGGCGUUCGGCAAACAGAACUGACUCCGAUCGAAGUUGCCAUAGAUGAGAUGCAGAGCCGCGUGGCAGAAUUAGAAGACGUGGUUUUCACUCAACCGACAGAUCCCAAGAAGCUACAGUUACGAUUGCAAGGCAGUGUUUGUGUCCAAGUAAACGCUGGCCCCUUGGCGUAUGCUAGCGUUUUCCUGGAUCCUGCUUUGUCGAAUAUGUAUCCCGAAGAGAAAGUCGAGGAAUUAAAAGAUAUAUUUAGGGAAUUCCUAAAGAUAUGCUAUUCGGCACUUCAAAUAAACAGCAAACUGAUAAAAUCGGAACAGAUCGAGUACCAAGAAGUGCUGCGCCAAAACUACAAAAAACUAUGCUCCUCCUUGUCGACUUUGUUCGGGGAAACACUAUGGCCGCACGACGACAUGGGGAGCUUCAAGAGGAACAGCAUGGCACUGUUCAGUGCCAUAACGGGUACAUCACACAAUUCGAGUACAGCUUGAAAGUAUUAAAACAUAAGUGAUCAUAUAUGCCUUCGAAAUAUCGGAUAGGUCCUUUAUGGUAUAGCUUAAAAAUGGUUUUCCUAGUUUUUUUACUUAUUUAUAAGUGUUCGUGAACAGCUUGGACAGUAUCAAACUAAUUUUGUGCUUUAAAACAAAUAUUUUCUGUAAAAUUAUUCCCAAAACGGAAAUUAUAAAAAGUUUGCUCUU